GCAUAAAUAGAAGGCAGGAGCAAGCCACCUCUCACAGCGUAUUCGCCCGAGGAUCUCCUCCUAAGCAACAUCUGCCUCCGUAGCUUGGCAAAAAAGAGAGAGAGAGAGAAAAGGAUGGCACCUUCCAGUCUUGUCUUCAUGGAUCAAAAUGGCCUGCACCCAAAAGAGAAAAAUAAACUUAGAAAGCCGGUGGUGGAGAAAAUGCGCCGCGACCGAAUCAACAGCAGCAUCGAGCAGUUGAAGCUUCUGCUGGAGAAGGAAUUCCAGAGGCACCAGCCCAACUCCAAGCUGGAGAAAGCUGAUCUUGAGAUGACCGUGGACUACUUGAGGCAGCAGAGCCAGCAAACCAAAACGUUGGGGCCUGUUCAUAAAGACACACAGGUGGACUUCAUCGAAGGGUAUUCCAGAUGCCUACAGGAAGCCUUCCAGUUCAUGUCUCGCCACAAAGUCCACGCAGAAACUCAGGCUAAGCUCGUGAACCACUUCCAAAGGAACCAGCUAUCUCUGCCUGAAGCCAUCCACUCAACUUCCGGGCUGAAGCACUCGUCCUCCAAGAACAUCCAUGCUCUUUGGAGGCCCUGGUAGGCUGCCCAAAAGCCGCCAGCGGACUUUGUUUCUAGAGGGAGGGCUGGACUCCAUCCAAUCAUCCAGCCCUGGUCUUCUUCUUUGUAGGGAAUAUUAUUUCCCCCCCUUUUAAAAUUAUUUAUUCUCGGGGAGAAAACGGAAUGAUUUGGACUCGUGUAGUCUGUUGAAUUGUAUUUGAGCCGAUCUUU